UUAUAAAGCUAUAGCUAUGAGAAUUCAGUAUUGUAAGCUUAAUGAUACCCUAUCUCUUUUAAAACUCUUUUUACAGAACUUAUAGCAUUUGAAUUGUUAACAUAUCUCCGCCAAAUUAUUCAAAAUAGAAUAUUCUUCUUGUAAGACAAUUCCAUGAAUACAUUGUAGCUUAAACUAUUAGCCCGUAUUAUUACUUCAAUAUAUUUAUUACAUCCAAAUAUGGCUAAUAAACAGAAGAAUAUAUUUACCCGGAGUAAGCCUUUAAUGAACAUUUAUAGUGGAGUAGAUCAAGAAGGCAAAGAGGUAGAAGUGCGUGAAGAUGCAGAGCAACUUGUGAAAUGGCAUGAAAUAUCAGAUGCUCUUGUUGCUGCAGGAUAUUACAGAGCCCAACUACAAGGUUUAUCCGCGUUUGAUAAAAUUGUCGGAGGCUUAACUUGGUGUAUUGAACUGUGUGACAUUGACAUGGAUAUCAGUUUGUUAUUUGAAGAGAAUCUCACUAUAGGCAAGAAAAUAGCUUUAACAGAAAAAAUUGUAAAGGUGCUGCCAAGUUUGAAGUGCCCUUAUAUUAUUGAACCUCAUCAAAUACAAGGUCUUGAUUUUAUUAAUAUUUACCCAUUGGUACAGUGGUUAAUUAAAUACUCGAGCGAAUUUAGAGAAGCCAAAGAGGAUGAAUUACGUAAAUUUGCAGUUUCUCAAUAUGAAAAAGAUCAUAUAUUUGAAGCAGAUCGUGUUUGCUUCCUUCAAAAUGAGAAACUGUUAAGAAACCUUAUAGCUGUGCAGAAUCUCUACAAACCAUGUAGAGUAAGAAAAAGAAAAGGAGCACUGCCUACAAAUGAAAUAGAGCAAGUAAACUCUGUUCUCUCUGAAUAUGACCAGCGUAUGUUGAUGCUUGUCUCCAACAGUCAAGAUGAGGCCAAACAAGAUGAGGGUCUCGAUUUUCUGUAUGAUUAUGAAAAAGCACUUGCUGAUCCAUCAGAAAUAACUACAGAAAUGGAAAGAUAUGUAAAUGAUGGGGAAUAUAAUGAGGACACAACUAAUACAAAAGUUCAUUAUGCUGUGCUGCAUUCUGAGCUCACAGGUGAUGUUCCAAAAGAAUUGGAAGAAAGAGAAAAAGCUAAAUACUCUGAAGAUAUAGAUAAGUUGACUGAAGUAAUAGACACUAUGGAAAAAGACAUAGAAGAGGUGAGAAAAGAUCAUGAAGUAAGAAUGGAAGAAGCGAAAAGUAAAUAUGUCAAUUUAACAAACAAAUUGAAAAAAAUAACCAAAAGACUUAUGAAAACAGAUGAGUAUAGUGAAAAAGCUGUUAAGGAAUUUUAUAAAUCAUUAAAAGACCUAGCAAAGGAAAGAAAUGAGUUGAUACAGUUAAUUCAACACAGGGAAAAGGAGCAUAAGAAACUUGAAGAUGUGUUGAGAUUGGCACAAGAACCUAACAAAGAAAUAGAAGAAAAGCCAUUAUCUCCAACAGAGUUAAAAGAGUUUCAAGAGCGUGAGAAGAAAUUAAAAGAUUACAUCAGCAGCGUAAGAGUAGAACUUGGUCACCUGAAUAGACAAGUACUGAGGUACUCCACGGCUAUCGAUGAAGUACCCGGAACUGCUGAACUGUUGCAGUAUGAGAAGAGAUUUGUAGAAUUAUAUAAUCAAGUUUCAUCGAAGCAUAAGGAAACCAAGCAGUAUUACGUGUUUUAUAAUACACUAUACGAAGUUAAACUCUACACCUCAAAAGAAUUGAGUUUGCUUAAUUCUAUUUUAGACAAUUAUGACGAAGUUAUGUCCUCAGCGAGAAAAAGAGAAGAAUUCAUGACGCAAUUCGAAUCUAUCGUUGAAUGGGUAAACCAAACCGUCAGGAAAGUAGAGCAGAAAUUUAAAUCUGAAAAGGAACAGAAGAUGGCCUUACAUGCGGAGUAUUCCCGGCUGAUGGAUGUGCAGAGGCAGUAUGCGGCUGCUUUGAAGAAAUUAGCUGAACAGCGACAUAAGUUUGAAAGAAACCAACAUUGAACGCUCUACGAUACAGAUAUAUUAAUAUUAGAACGGUUUUAUAAAAAUGGCACUGGGCA